CAUCUGAUCGAACUUUACACUUUCAUUUCAUAUCAACAUCGUGCCAACAAACACAAUGAAAACGAAGAGGAAAAUCUAAGUUUAUUGCAUUUGAAAAUGCCGUUUAGAGUUCAAUAAUUCAUUUAAAGUAUCUUUAAGGAUAAGUGUAAACAAUCAAGAUAGUGUGCUUAUCAAAUGUUAAAACAACAUUCACAAGCAUAAAAUAAAUUUGUUCAAGAGAGCAAUGUGACAUGUUAAAAUGAAACAACUAAUUGAAUCUUGUUUGUUUUUCUUACUACUGCUAUGCAUUCCAUUAAGCAUUGGUGCAGUAUACAGCUAUGAAAUUGACUGCAAUAACUUGCGGAUGGGACAAUAUAUUUGUCCACAUCCACAUUACGACUUCAUAGAUCCUAAAACGCAACAACCUAAAGGAUGUACCAAAGCGAACAAAGCCAAAGUAUUAUGCCAAGCUGCCGAGGGUCUGAAAUGCAGUGAAACUCUAAAUGAUACCUUCAAAAAAGACAUACCUUGUAAAUGGACUAAUGGCUAUUCGUUUGAAACAUCACUAUUGCUAUCAAUAUUUUUAGGAAUGUUUGGCAUCGAUAGAUUUUACUUGGGAUAUCCAGCAAUAGGCUUACUCAAAUUAAGUACUUUAGGAUUUCUUUUUUUAGGACAGUUUUGUGAUGUAAUAUUAAUAGCAACUCAAAUUGUUGGACCCGCUGAUGGUUCACAUUAUAUAAUGCCUUAUUAUGGAGCUGGAGUGACAAUAGUGAGAAGUGAUAAUUUUACAUACAGAGUACCUCAACCUGAUUGGUGACAUGAAAUGUAUUUUUAAGUUUUUAUAAUUUUUUACUUUGGUCAAAAAACUUAACUUUUUGAAUUAAGCUUGAUGUAAAAAUGGAAAGAAGUUUGUGUUAAAGAUAUUCUUAUAAAAAGAUUGUGAAAAUGAAAAGUAUAUUAAGAUAAACAGUUUAUGAGUAUUCUUCUAAGAAUAUCCAUCAAUAUUAUUAUAUGAUUUUUUACAGUGCUAUAAAUGUUUUAUUACAGUUAUGCU